UAAGCGGAGUUGACUGUAGCGCUCGAGCUCCAUUGAAAGUGGCUCCCCGCUUCAGUGACAAUACAGGCGGACAAGGGGGCGGACCAGCGAGAGGAAACUUCACAGAAAACAACAGCAGUCACUCCGCUGACCUCCAUAUAACUGUUAAUAUUUAUCAGCGGUAAUAUUUCCGAAGACAGCCAACUGUGUUCGCUGACAGACACGCCAGGGGCUGCGGCGGUGACUCGCCCGGAGAAGGAAUAACGUUAGGAGGAAAACGGAGAGAAAGGUGAGGCGAAGGCACGUUUGGGAAGAAGCGAAGGAGGACAGUGACAAGAACUCAGCCACAGGUAGCCUCACGUUAGCCGCCGUGGCAGAAGAUAUCAAAGUGCAGGCGGGUCAUGCGGAUUUCUCCGGUCGCUGAGCGGAGCGCCGAGUCGCAGCAAUAAUAACCGGUGGGAAAGAGAGAAGAAGCAGAAAACAGAAGAACCAGACCGCUUCUCUGCCGCUCCGUCUGCCAGUCCAAGCGGGCUCCCGGUCUGAGAGAAGAGCCACCAUGUCCCGGAGAAAGCAGAGCAAACCCCGGCAGAUAAAACGUUCCCUCGGGGAUGUCGACGGCGACGAGGAAAACACACCGGACAACCUUAGCCUAUCAGGAGAGGAGGGAGGAGCCUCGGACCCAGAUGAUUCAGCAGAGGGGGACAGCUCCAGCCCCCCGCCAUACACAUCGCUGUACAAUGAAGAGCCCAGGACGCAGGACUCUCGAGGAGGCCCUGAUGAUGAAGAUGAAGAUGGGGAGGAGCAAGGUCCGGCACACAGCGGUGGGGAGGAGGAAAAAGAAGGGGAGGAAGAGGAGGAGGCGUUACACUGGAGGGGUCCAGAUGACUUGGAGUUAAGUGAAGAGGGCAGUGACAGCAGAGUGGUGGCAGGCAGGGACCUCCAACCAGACACAACGUGGGGACCCUACCCAGGAAUCCUCCAAUCAGAGGGUAGCACAGAUGAUCAGGAGACAGAGAGCUCCAGGCUGACUCUUGUAUGUGAAGAUCCAGACUGUUGGAUUAGUCUGCUCCCUCUGACCCCUGUCGUCUCCGCUGCCAACUGUACCAUCUACAGCCAAGGUGAGGAAUUGUUCUGUAAGGUGACCAGAGAAGUUGCAGCUGGUGAAAAGCUCCUGGCUUUCCUGUCGCCUCCUGGAGCCUCAUCUUCCUCCUCCCCGCUGGUCCAGCUCUCUCCUCCGCUCAGCCUCGUCACCCAAAAACAACCUGUGGUAAAGGAGGAGUCACUGUAUCCGGCAGCUCUGCGGUCAGACAUCCAGCUCCUUCCACAGCAAGCUGGCAUGGCUGCAAUCUUGGCUACUGCCGUUGUCAAUAAGGACAUUUUCCCAUGCAAGGACUGUGGAAUCUGGUACCGCAGUGAGAGGAACCUGCAGGCGCACCUUAUGUACUACUGUGCCAGCCGUCAGAAGCAGCCGGCCGCAGCUUCAUCCCCACCACAAGACAAACCCAAGGAGUCCUACCCAAAUGAACGCAUCUGUCCCUUUCCACAGUGCAACAAGAGCUGCCCUAGUGCCAGCUCCCUGGAGAUCCACAUGCGUACACACAGUGGUGAGCGUCCUUUUGUCUGCCUCAUCUGUCUGUCAGCCUUCACCACCAAAGCAAACUGCGAGCGCCACCUUAAGGUACACACAGACACACUCAACGGGGUGUGUCAUGGCUGUGGCUUUGUCUCCACCACAAGGGACAUCCUCUACAGCCAUCUGGUCACCAGCCACAUGGUUUGCCAGCCUGGAUCUCGCAGUGAGGUCUACUCCCCGGGGCCAGGACUUCCCAAGCUACCCCUGUCCACUGGUCUCAGUCCAGGGGACUCUGGUGUGGUGCUGAAGUGUCAAGUGUGUGGCCACAACUCUGACUCCCCUGCCCAGCUUCAGCAGCAUGUACGAACCCAUCUAGAGGUCAGGGUCCCAGCCGAAAGGAGCCCCACCCCUCGCCAAAGUACCCCGUCAUCAAUUGACCACCCCCAGCUACAGCCAUCUCCCCAGGAGAGGGAGCCCCUAGCCUGUGUCCCAACACCAGACUCAUCCAGCCCUGGUGCAAACGGCAGCUCAGCCACGCCUCGAGACUACAGUCCUCCCAAUGCCCCUACCACUGACCUAAAGAUCAAAGAGGAGCCUCAUUCCGACUCAGAGACAGAAGAGCAGCAAAUGGAGAUAAAGGAGGACAGAGAGGAAGAAGAGAUUGGUGGAGGGGAGGGAGAUCAAGAAGCAGGAAGGGAGACAAAGGAGGGUCAAAUUGUCACAGUCUCAUGCCAGACAUCAACCUCUCCGAAGAGUCCAGCCACAGCAACUGUGAAGGCAGAACCAACUAGUCCCACCCCUGGUUCUAGCCCUGCACAUGUGGGAGGUGCAGGGUCAGUCCUUCCUGGAGGAGCGAUGUUCUUGCCUCAGUACAUGUUUAAUCCUGAGGCAGCCAUUUUGCCUCAGGCCUCAGAGAUACUGGCUAAAAUGUCAGAGAUGGUUCACAGUCGUCUGAAACAGGGCCAGACAGUUCCUCAGAGCAACCCAGCGGCCUUUUUCCCCUCUGGACCGACUGCACCUACAGCCACAGCCACUCCACCUCACAAAGGAGCCACCUGCUUUGAGUGUGAUAUCACCUUCAACAACAUCAACAACUUCUAUGCACAUAAGAGGCUGUACUGCUCCAGCAGGCACCACGGAGAAGGUGCAACCUCAGCUUCAGGCCCUGGAUCAACAAGGGAUGCAGCUCCAGCCACGAUGCCCUCCAGUGGGGCACAUGGCUCGUCUGCAUCUCCUCAGGGUGGAGCAGCAAGUAGAGCAGCCUCUGCAUCUCCUACUAACUCUGAUCCUCCUGCAGGGAGUGGAGCAACAGAAUCCAGGAGGGUUGUGGAAGUGAAGACAGAAACCAUUGUGGGGAGAGAGGGAAUAUCAUCCUCCUCUGAAGGGGAAGGCGGAGGUGGAAGCUUGGGAGGAGGAGGUGGAGGUGGAAGAGCAAGCGAAGGCAGCCAGAGUCCUGCUAGUGGUUCUGCAGAGGACCAAGAAGAUGAUCCCAAUAGGACCUUCUGCGAGGCCUGCAACAUCCGCUUCAGUCGUCAUGAAAACUACACUGUUCACAAACGCUUCUACUGUGCGUCACGCCAUGACCCAUCCAAUCAGCGAGCCAUACACAUGGCCAAGGCAACCACCGCAGCAGCCUUCCUUCCCCAACCUAUCCGCAAACGCAAGAGGAAGAAGAUGUACGAGAUUCACAUGGCCAGAACUGAAGCCUUAGCCAAUGCUGCUGCCGCCGCUGCUGCUGCUGCUGCCACUGCUGCUGCCUCUGCACCGUCUCCAUCUGUUCUGGGCUUGGCAGUGAAGCAAGAAGUUUCUCCCAGUGGGGCAGGAAGCUCCAGCCCUGAAGGAGAUGGCCCGAUUGACCUGAGCAAGAGGCCCCGUCUGAGUGAUGUUCCACGGCACAGCAGUAGCAGUAUUCUCCCUGCCCUGCCUCUUACUGACUACCACAAGUGCACCGCCUGCAGUAUCAGCUUCAACAGCAUUGAGAACUACCUGGCUCAUAAAACCUACUAUUGCCCUGCCACCACCCUCCAGCCCCAUACCUUGGAGCAGCUCCACAGGCUCAAGAGAUCAGCCUCUACCUCUCCCAAAAGCAGGCCUCAGCAGGAGCGCCCGGAUCUCCUGCACCCUAUGGAGGCUAAAGCUCUGCCCGCUGAGUGGGUGGCCCAGGUUCAAGGCACAUCGUCCAGUCCUCACCCCUCUGCCUUACCGGCCUCCGAUGCCACAUCUCCUCCCCAUACAACCACCACACUAGCAGCCACCCCAGGAGCUGGAGCCAAAGGUGUAAACGUCGGUUCCUCUCAGGUGGUCUGCCCAUACUGCCCUAACAGGCUCAUCACCUGUGACCUGAUGGAGCACUUCAAGACUACCCAUGGCCUGGUUGUAACCAUUCAGCCACCACAGUCAGGCAGUGCAGUCAGCCACAGCCCCAGCCUCAGUCCCAGGGAUGGAGCUGCUGCAACAACCUCCACCACCCCGACCAGCCAGCCUCGACUGGUCACACGAGUUCACAGAGACAGUGUCAACGGGCAGGCCAGGAGCGGUACAACUUCUCCCGUCUCCCCACUGGUAAACGGCAGCCCUUCAGCUGGGGGCGGAUCACCAUCAGCCGGCUCACCCCUGCCCAUGUCUCCCCCUAGGGCUCCCUCUCUGACUUUGUCACCUGUGCCUGAGGUCCUGAGGGAGACAGUGGGGUCAUCCCACCUUCCAGACACAGCUGUCCCAACCGCGGCCUCCCAUCCUGUCUCCACGCCCCAGCCCGCUGCCACCGUCGGCCCCAAAAAUACAGUGAUCUCCCCUGUCCUGAACGGUAACUCCCGCUUCUGUCGGCUCUGCAACAUCAAGUUCAGCAGCCUCUCCACAUUCAUAGCUCAUAAGAAAUACUACUGCUCUUCCCACAGUGCCGAACAUGUCAAGUGAGCUGAGUAUUUCACUCCUUCCUUUCCCCCUUCCUUUAACUUUCUGAGUGGAGGCUUUCCUUCACUAGGUUCCAAGAAGCUCAGAUGUCCCCUCUCCUCUGCCAGUCCUCCCACAUGGGUGCCAAAAUGGCACUCAGCUGGCAUGACCAUGAAUCACAAUGAAUGACUGUUACUCACCUGGCAGGGCCUGAUGCCCAACUGCUCCAGAACAGAACUUGCAGGUGGUGUUACUAACAUACAUUAACUGAUAUUCCUCCUCCGAUGGGUCAAAGUUUGUAGUACACUAAGAGUUGAGACAGAUGCUACCUGCACACACUGGUGUGCCCUUGUCCCCUAGAUCACUCUCUGUCUUUGUACCCCAGUCACCAGUUCAACAUCUACCACUCCCAGGCCUCACAGUAUGUUGAAUUGCGGGACGUUAAAAACAUUUAUGUCAACAGCCUCUUUUCUGUCUCUCUGUUGAACCGUCAGUAAUUAGAUUCUGGCUGUUAGAGGCAUUUCUGACUGAUAAUGAUCCAGUAAUGAUGAUGCUGAUUAUGAUGAAUCUCCAGUCUUUUCCUGAGCUCUUAAUGUCCCCGACCUAACCAGAGGAAUCAUUUCUCUUGUGUGGAAAAGACUUGAUUAUUGUUAAUGUUUUUAUUCUCUGUGCAUAGUGUAUGAUGUCUGAAAAAAAAAAAGAAUUAUAUAAUGCUUUUGGUUUCAACACUGGCUCUUUUUUGCUUACUAGAGAAGCUAAAGCGUUUUUAGCUGAAAAACAAAUAUGUGGUAUCACAAUGUUACUAAUUGCUGAAGGAUAAUAUUUCAAAUGGACAGUUUUUUCUUUUCUUUCAUACACACAAAUUUUUAUUUUCUCUUUCAAAUGCAAGGGAGAAAAAAUGUGAACUAUUUAUCUUUUAGUCCUCACUGAUUUCAUGUCAACAGAAAACUACCUACCUGGUGUCUGAGAGUACUUGUAUUUUUUAUUUGUAUAUUUUUCAUACUGUUGGAAGGAACUGUUUGGAUCUGGGUGUGUUGAAGUGUAUUUUCUAAGUGUAGAUAUGUAAUAUUUUUCUCACAGUAAUCACUGGGAUCACACUGAACUUUGUUAUCACGUUAGCAUUUGGUGUUUCUGUUCAUGUCGUCUUUAAUUGAUGGUGAAGUCUGAAAACCAGCGCUGUUUAUUUUUAUCCCCUCUUGUACCUCGCUGAUGAGCAACACGAUUAGAUCAGAGCAGCUUCCUCACUUACAGCUUUUCACAUGAGAAAGUUGAAGGGAGCGCUUCUGGCCGUUGUGCUUGUACUUUGGUGAGAAUAUUGUGGCCUGCCAGAGGUUACAAAAAAUCCAAAUUUUCAAUCAAAAGUCUAUCUUUAUCUUUAGUUACUAGCCUCCAUACCAUGCGAGGUAGGGCCAUUACAGACUCACAGCUUUACAUUAUUUGUUGCACAUUCCCAUUUCAUACUAAGAGAUACACAAAGUAAAAUGUUUUGUGUCUAAUGCGCAUUAUUUUUAUUUUUAUUUUAAAUUAUUGUGUUUCUGUCCGGCAAUGAAGGCAUAGCAGGGAGCAGUCACGACUUAGUACAACGUCUCACACAGCAGAGUAAGCACAUAUGUACUAAUCACUUAUUGUGGCCUGUGGUGUGAGUGAGUGCUUUUACUCUUUUCUCUUUAAUGCUCUCUUACUCAUGCUUACAUACUCACACAGUUUACGCCAUGUUCCCAUGCUGCUGUUGCAGAUGCAAUACAGUGUUAGUUAGAACUGUGAAAUGCUUUUUCUUUUCAAUAUUGAUACAAACUUUACAAUGUAAGGGUCAUUUUAAAAGGUCCAGUGUGUAGGAAUUAGGCAGAAAUGGAGUAUAAUAUUAUAAAUAUGUUUUCGAUAGUGUAUAAUCACCUAAAGUAAGAAUUGUUGUUUUUUUGGUUUCCUUGGAAUGAGCUGUUUAUAUCUACACAGGGAGCAGGUCUUCACCUACGUAGCCCAGAAUGGACAAACCCAACACUGGCUCUAGAUAUGGUCAUUUGUGUUUUUGCAUCGGCCACCGUUUUUAGAAACCCCCUGCAUGACUGGCGAUGUUGGAAAACACAGAUUAUUUUUGUGUUUUUACCCGUUUAAAUCACUGGGUCUGUUUGUUUUGGAGAGAAAGAGACCUCUGCAAAUAAUUCAGCUCAUGAUACACAUCACCUAAAUGUGUGGAUCUUAAGCUUUCAGAGAGGAAGGUGAGCACACGCUAGCAGGUGCUACGCUUAUUGCGCAUCUCCAAUAUGCCAAACGGCGUUGGAGAAACACUGAUUAGAUCUAGGUCUUAAGUUAUCAGAGGAAAAGGUGGGCACAGAUUAGCAGAUACUAGGCUAGCCGCCCAUCUGCAACUUGACAAACAGCACUGAAAAAAACACUGAUUUGUAACCUGUAUAACCUUGUAUUCAGUAUUUUUAACAAUUUAAAUCACCUGGUCCAUUAGUUUUGGUGAGGAGGAGACCUCUGCAAGUAAUUUGACUCUCAUUAAAAACCUCCUAAACAGUGAACACUUAAGGAAUUCUAGGAGGAGACGUUUCAGCUGGUUGCAGUUAGCAGUCCUCUCCUCUAGAUGCCACUACAUUUCCCUAAAUCUUAAACACUGGACCUUGAAGAUUUUUACAUUAUUUUUUUAAUGGAAACUGCCUAUAAUGCAUACAAAUUUGUAACAGGUUUUCUCUCCCCCGGAUUCUAAAAAAACAACACACAUACAUACUCUUGUCAAUGUACAAGAGCCUUUGAAACAGUAUUUGGACCUUAAUGAUACACCAAACCUACAGAGUUGUGACACAGUAUUAGGUGAUAGCAAGUUCUGAGACCAGCCCUCACUACUGAAGGGAUUUUUCUGGUCAGCAGGGGAGCACAUUAACCAACUAUUAGACCUUUUUUCUAAAAUGCAGAUAUCAGUCAAACUGUAAACCUACAGACACAGGACAGAUCUGGACCUUCAUCGACUACUACUGAUCUGUUUAUUCAGUAGAAGCAUCAAAACAGCCACACAUAGGCCUAAUCAUUUCUUGGGAGAAAUAUUGUCAUGCCUGGUAAAGGUUUUUUUUUUUUUGUUGUU